GAAAUGGCAAUAAUUUGUAUACAUUGGUAUUUUUUUCGAAAAAUGAGUAAUCAUUCGAUUAAUCAAAUGUAAUUAUUUACUUAAUUGCAAUCGUUCGGUAAUGAACAUCGUAAUAGUGGAAUAAACCCUAAGCUAUAUAGCUCGAAUCGUCGUCAUCAUCAUGACCGAAGAAACGGCGUCGUUCGACGAAAACGCAUCUAACGAGAACGAUAUCAUCGUACAAUUCUUCGAUUUGCACGAUCCCUUGUCCAGAUUCAAGAUCCUAUUGGAACAGCUAUGGCGCGUCUCGUUAUCCGAUUACUCGAUCUGGCUACAAGAUAGUACGCAAUUAGACGAAGAUAAAAGUUUAAUACAACAUGGCGUCGAAGGCGAAGGUAAAGUACAAAUCAAGUUACAAAUUAAGAUGACUCGUGACGGUUCAAAAAUGAUUAACAUAAUUGAUGUAUUGAAACCGACCGACGAGUUGGCUGAUCCAGAUACCGUUCAAGAUGCAGACGAGUCACUAAGCCAAGACGCCCAAGAAGAUCUCGUACCGAAUGAGAAAUGCGUACAAUGGGUCGAGUCUAGAGAAUUCGUCGUCGAAAAACUACGCCACGGUAUACCGUCCGAUCCGCAAGAAUGGAAUAACGAAGAUGUGAAAAAAUGGUUGAAUUGGGCGAUAAAAACAUUCGAAUUGGAUAACAUCGAUGUAGACGAAUGGGCUAUGAACGGUGCCCAAGUAUGUUCUAUGACGAUGGAGGCGUUCAAGAAGAAAGUACCUCGUGACCCGAAUGGUCAUUUUUGGACGCAUUUACAAGUGUUACAAAAGUGUGGCCAAGUUGCCGUUUGUCUCGAUCAAGAAAAACACGAUAAAUCUCGCGACGUUAAUCGACUCUCGUCUAGCGGGAAAGUUACCAACACUAACGUCAAUUUGUGGAGUUUUUUAUUAGAGUUGCUGACCAAAAAAGAAUACCGUGAUGUAAUUCGUUGGGUCAACGAUGAAGGAGAAUUUCAUAUAGUUAGACCAGACUCUGUAGCUAGACUUUGGGGUGAGAAGAAACAAAAGGCUAAUAUGACCUAUGAAAAGUUGACUCGAGCGUUGAGAUAUUACUACGAAGGUGAUAUGAUUUCUAAAGUUUCUGGCCGCAGAUUUGUUUACAAGUUUCAUUGCGAUGUUAAAGAGAUCGUCGGGUAUAGUCCUAUGGAACUCGAUGCUAUUUUUACCGAAUCGUAACGUUAAUUUUGUUUCGCGUUCUUGUUUCAUGUUUGUUUAGUAUUACUUAUUUUUAAAGUAUGUAUCGAAUUAUCAUGUAUUAUUUUUGUUAUUAUUUUUCUACCUAUCGAGUUUUUUUUUCCUGUUUUGUAUACGAAUUCGUGUAGUAAUAUUUUUGUGUUCGCUGAUGAUAUUUUAAUUAAAUUUUCCAAAUGUA